UGUGCGCCGGGUGAACACUGUUCUACAGUCCCUAGCGUAGCCCAGCCAGAGUUUCUCACAAGCGCAAAUCUACCGUUUUUCUGGGGAACUGCGUUAUCGGGCUCAGCUUUCCCGCAGCACAUUAAGGGUUACGCGCUGAUCCGGUUCACUUUAUGCUGGGCGCUAACGGGAGGGCGAGGAGGAUACAUUCAAGUUAAAAUAUAUUUAUGUUUCAUUUAUUUGUUUUUUUCUUAAACUGGACGUCGUAUUUCUCUUAUUGCUCUCACACACACUGGCAAACAAGUGAAAGGAUUGUCAAUUUCGGCCUCUGCGUUUUCAAGUUCGUCUGAUCGCCAUGGGGGAUGUGAUUUCGACUCACCUGGAUGAGAGCAGGCGGGAGAUGAUUACAGCGAGGACGGGCGAGGUGUUGGGCGAGUUUGGCCGUCUCUACGAGCAGCAGUACGCCCUGGCGCUCUUCAACAACGUACGCUUCGAGAUCGAGGGAAUCGGGGGUCCGCAGCCGCAGCUGCUGCAUCGGAAGGUCCCCCUGGAGGAUAAGUCCAUCUUCUCCGGCUCCCUGUUCCAGUACCUGGAGGAGAACAAGAAAUGGCGUAACCGAUUCUUCUUCGUCCCGGACACCUACAGGAUCCAGUACUACGAGAACAAAAUGGCCUAUGAGAGGGGGCUUCACCCAAAGGGGACUAUUAACUGUGCUGGGUACCGAGUCCUGACCUCCAUGGAUCAGUACAUGGAGCUGCUCAACUCCAGCCUGCCAGGUGUGAAGGCCAAGGUGGGCAGCUCGCCGUUCCUGAAGUGUGCCACGCAGUUCCCUCUGCUGCUGUGGCACCCCUACGCUCGUCACUACUACUUCUGCGUCACCUCCGAGAAAGAGCAGCAGAAGUGGCACGCAGUGUUCCAGGACUGCGUCCGACACACCAACAACGGUCUGUCGGAGGAGUGCAAGGUGCAGACGCCAGCCUUCACAGAUGCGGUGCGGCUCUACCGACAGGCACACGGGCAGUAUGGCACCUGGGACAUGAUGUGUGGAGUGCCCCCACAGAUCUUGGCCAACCUGGUGAUGGAGACCCUUCUCCCAGAACUCAGGGAGCUCAUCGCUCCCAAACUGAAGGGCAAAAUGCAUGACAGACAGAGGAGCUGGAUACAGAUCUCAGAUGCAGUGUACAGUCUGGUGCAAAGCCAGGCUCAGGCACAGUACGAGGCAGUGGUACAGAGCUGUGAGGCGGGGCGCCCCCUGCUGGAGAAUCCCAUCCGCACAGACAUGGAUCAGAUCAUCACCUCCAAGGAGCACAUCACCAACAAGAUCCGCGCGGUGGUCCAGCCCAAGGCAGAGGAGCUGCUGAGGAGCAGUGUGCAGCCCUACAUCAGCUCCAUCCUGGAGGCCCUGAUGGAGCCCACCAGCCGGGGCUUCUCCGAGGUCCGAGAAGUCUUCUUCCGCGAGCUGGUGGACUUGAGCAAGAACACCCUCAACGACGGCAGCAAGGAGAAGCUGGGAGAGCACAUGGAGAAGAUCUCCAUGCUGGCCUUCCACCCAGUGAAGAUGCAGAGCUGCUAUGAGAAGGUGGAGCAGCUGAAGCUGGAGGGGCUGCAGCAGAGAUUCGAUGUGUCCAGCCCCUCCGUCUUCGUCCAGAGGGCACAGAUCCUCAUGAGAGAGCAAAUGGACCACGCUGUGUACACCUUUGAGCAGCUGCUGCACCAGAGCCUGGAGGGUCAGGGAGGGGAGGAGCUGUGUAAGACCAUCCAGCGCUGCGAGGACAGGGUCAUCAAGAAAUACGAUUAUGACAGCAGCACAGUCCGUAAGAAGUUCUUCAGAGAGGCUCUUCUUCAGAUCCUCAUUCCCUACAUGCUGAAGAAGCUGUAUCCUGCCUGCUCUGGAGACCUGCCUCGUUUCCAGGAGCUGAUCUUCGAGGACUUCUCCCGCUUCAUCCUGGUGGAGAACAUCUUCGAGGAGGUGGUGCUGCAGUCCGUCAUGAAGGACAUCAUGAUGGCUGUGAAAGAGGCUGCCGUCCAGAGGAGACACAACCUGUACCGGGACAGCAUCGUCCUGACCAACAGUGACCCCAACCUCCAUCUGCUGGGGGAGAACCCCCCCAUCGACUGGGCAGGGGAGUUCGGAGGCGAGGGGAAGCAGGAGGAGGGGGGUGACCACCCCGACAGUGGCAGCAGUGAGACCCAGAAGAGACGCAGAGUCAAGCAGGUGGUGUCCAUGAUCCAGCUGGACGGGACGGCCGUGCUGCCCAACGAGUCGUGCCUGGAGGUGCCAGGGGUGGACGACAUCCCAGAGGAGAGGGAGGGGGAGGGGGACGGGAAGGGCACCAAGGCGGAGAGCGCCCACCAGGCCGUCCCUGAAGGGGGCGCCCCUGUCCUAACCAACGGAACGGCCGGGCAAGAGCACCCAGAGAACAAGCCCAGCCCUGUCAGUGUCAAACAGGAAGUGCAGAGCGAGGCACCCAAGGAGAGUGCCAAACAGGAAGUUGAAAGCAAGCCACCAGCAGAGAGUGCCAUACAGGAAGUGGAAAGCAAGCCACCAGCAGAGGGUGCUGUACAGGAAGUUGAAAGCAAGCCACCAGCAGAGAGUGCCAAACAGGAAGUGGAAAGCAAGCCACCAGCAGAGGGUGCUGUACAGGAAGUUGAAAGCAAGCCACCAGCAGAGGGUGCCAAACAGGAAGUUGAAAGCAAGCCACCAGCAGAGGGUGCUGUACAGGAAGUUGAAAGCAAGCCACCAGCAGAGGGUGCCAAACAGGAAGUGGAAAGCAAGCCACCAGCAGAGAGUGCUAUACAGGAAGUGGAAAGCAAGCCACCAGCAGAGGGUGCCAAACAGGAAGUUGAAAGCAAGCCACCAGCAGAGGGUGCUGUACAGGACGUUGAAAGCACGUCAGCUAUAGAGAGUGCUAUUCAGGAAAUAGAGAAUGCCGUGCAGGAAGAGGAAGCUGACCAGCUUGCAGACAGCACAGAAGAGCCAGAGGCCAAAAGUGCAGUCCCGGAUCAGAAAGCGGAGGUACCGUCAACACAAGAGGCGGAGAGCACCUUAGACCCACCCCCAGAGCCGGCCCAGCCCACUGCCGACUCCACCCCUGAUCACCAUGACGACAGCGGCUUCCAGUCACCCACGUCUGAGCCAGCUGAAGAGAAGGAGCCCCAGCCAAUCACAGAUGGCACAAAGGCAGAAGAUGCCGUUACUGACUCAGGAAAGGGGGGGGAGGCUACGGGGCAGGGCGAGGAGGCACCGCAGGCAGGAGAAGAGGCUUCUGGGAAAGAUGUUGCAUCAGACUCGGGUGUUGUGAGUGGGAACUGAGUCGGCCUUUGCGUAGCCCUUAAUGGGAGAUAAAACAUGCUUUUUGUAUUUAAAAUAUGGCAAAAGCUGAAAAGAAUUUUCACAUACAAAUUAUGAUUUUUCUAAACUGAGGUGGAAAUUGCAGGAUAUGGAGUCAGUGUCAGUUGUGUAGUUUUACUUCUGUGUUUCAAGUGUUACAUUCUUCUUGUGUUCAUACCUUAAGAGAACUGAUGAAACAACUUACCAGCGUUUGUGCAAUUUCUCAUCGGUCAUUAUAUCUGGAUUUAUUUUUUUUUCCAAUUGCUGAAUCUCUCCAAUCUUGGGAUCAAUCUAUAGAAGCUUGAGCUGGGCUCGGUUACAAGUGUAAUUGGGUAUGAUAAUUAUUGAAACUAAUAGUAUUAGCUUAACUGAUAUUCUGGUAUUCUGCUCACAUAUCUUUCUACUAUAAAACAUAUCAGACAUUUCUGACUCGUGUUCCGUUACAUUGACGUGCACCUGAUGUUGUUGAUAACUAUUUUGCUGUGAUUACCGCAAAUCAGCUGCGAUUAGUGCUAAAUCAGACCUGAGAAUGCUAUUAACAAACAUGUUAUACUUUGGGGGAAGUGGAGGUUACCAUGGUGAAAAUGCAACACUCGGCAAAUGCUUGAGCCGCUUCUGUUCUUGGUGAGGAAGGCCUAUGACUGACCGUAUUAGGGUGUUCUUUUCGCUUUAGAAAUCGGUCCUGUUUGGAAUAUUUAAACCCCCGUCAUCUCCCAGUACCGUGCUUGAAUUCGAACUGAAAACACUGAGAGGUCGGUCUGUUGUCACUGUCGUUAUUUACAGAAUUUCCAGUCCAGACCUCGUAUUGGUAGUGAAUGAGACCAGGUUUCAAAGUACAGACGCAGUUUUUGUUGGUGGUCAUUUUACGCGCAGUGCAGAUAUGUAUUACCAUUUAUAUGAUGGCUUUUUCAUGUGUUUGAUCAGUCUAAACCCGAGAUGCAUGUGGACAAACGUACUGUUGUUCAGCCAUCUGAUCAGCAACAUGAGCGCAAAUGUUAUAUAAACUGACACAUGGAAUGACUUCUGUGCUGAUUAAUCAACCGUGAGACCUUAAACCGCAUCGAUCCACAUCGAGCCAUCUGCCGCUUCGGAUACCAUCAGCAAGCGGCCGUAGCUGUGCUGAGGUGAUUCACGGGUUGUGUGAGGUUAGCCGUGAGAGAUGGCAGCGCUAGCAUCGCUGAGAGUGGCCGCGGAGCACGCAACAGUACCCGUGGACGUGUCCUCUGCUCAGGGGUAAUGCCGCUCCUCUGCCAUCUGUUUAGGAAUGCUUAACGGUUAUUACCCAUGGAUUCUAGCGACAGCGCAUUCUGAAUGAAACUGGGGCUUUUCCGGGGAUAGCCCUCCGGUGUGCCCUCAGUGCCUUUCUCGCCAGGCCUUCGCGGGCCCGUGUCGGGACUCUCUCCGUCCGUCCAAAGCGUUUCCGCUCUCCUGAACCUUGGCGGCUUCGUGGCAACCAAGGCAGCGAGACGUUCCCGUUUCUCGUGACUGAGAAUCAAUUUUUGUAUGCCCCAAUUCUUUAGCUUUUUUCUCUCAGAUUCACCGUUGAGUUUUAGGAGAUUAAAACACUAAGUUUUGCCUUGUUGACCAUAGAUAAUU